AUGCCUUCAACGACGUGGCUCUCGCGAUCCCAUUGGGACGCCCUGUCACCUAUUCGGCAGCUCAAGCACGCGUCGUCGUCGAAGAGCGCGCGCGCGCUCGGUGCCAGCACCCUCUCCUCGACGACCGCGCCUCGAGGCUACCCGCCACCUCCUUCCGCCACUCCCCGCGACUCGCCUGCACCCGCCGCGCCCUCUACGCCCAUUCGGAGGCCCGUGGGAACCGCGCGAUCGCACGAGCGCCCGAGCGCGGUGGACGCGCGGCCCUCGGCGCUCGACCGUCGCGUCGACUCUCGCGGCGACCUCCCUCCUCCUCCUCUCUCGCGUCCUCUCGCCCGCUCGACGCGCCAACCGGACUGCGAGGACGAGCGAUGGCUCCGCUCUCCUCGCAGCCGACAGGCCCCGGCUCACGACGCGAGCGAAGAACGCGCGCUCGCGCGCACCCAACGCGAAGAACGCGCGCGCGCGUGCACCCAACGCGAAGACGACCGACCGUCCCGCAGCGCGACACGCAACGAGACGGCCCGCGCCCACGCGCAACGCGACGCGCCGUCGACACGCGCGGUCUCGCCGCCCCGGUACGAGCAAACGCGAAUGCGCACGCACCACGAGCGCGCAGCCCAGGUCGCCGCGCAAGCCACGCCGGCACUCGACGCGGCGUACUCGACAGCGCGCAGGCUCGCCGCCCACAACGCGAACGGCCGCGACUCGGAGGGCGAGGGUACGCGACUCGCGAACGCGAGCUCGACGACAAGAGCGGGGGUAGGGGAGAGAGGGCGAGAGGGUACAACGGUGAGUAGCCAGGUCCGUCCAUCCUCUGCGCUCUCCCAGCCGCCUCGUCCUCGCGUACCCCCGGCGCACCUGCUCGCGAUGGAUGCGCUCGCGCUCGUUACGCGCAGCGCGCUCUCUGCGGCUCCCUCCUCCCCGUUCGACGCACCAUCGCCUCGGUUACCGCCCCCGCGCGCCCUCUCGCCGUGCUCGCAAGGGCGAGCGGACGUCUACGCGUACUUCGCGGCUCAAGCCCUGGUGUCCGAGCAACGCAAACAAACACGCGCCAUCGCGCAACGGGACGACCCGCCCGCUCGUCCCUUCAUGCUCGACGAGCCUACGUCUGAGCAUCCGCCGGCCGCUCAGGCUCUCUCACCUGGCACGCGUACGCCCGUGGAAUGCACUCGCGUACCUCCUGUCGAAGCGUCCUUGUCGAUACGUCAACGAGACGCACUCGCGCAUGUCGAGCACACCCACCGCUCUCCGGCUCCACCGCCCCUGUCCGACGCGUCUCUACGCUCGCGCCGCCCGGUAGCCGACUCGUCCCCGCGCACUCCCCUGCACCCGAUUGCGAACGGCACGCAAGUCUCUGCGCACCGACCACGGUCCGACAUUCGUGCGCACGCGCCCCCUCCAGCCUAUUGCGAGGAUGAUCAACGCGCCUGCGGCCAGCGCGAGGAUGCUCAACCCUCCGGUGAAGCGCUGCGCGAGACACGUGUUCCCGCGCAAUACGAAGACCGGCCCGCUCGCGCCAUGUCACCGCGCUCGCGCGCUCGAGCCUUGCGUGCACACGAAGAGCGCCAGCUCGACGCCGAAAUAUCAGCCGCGAGGGCAAUCCGGGCAGCGGCCGCUGCGAAGCGUAGCCUCGCUCUCUCCCUACGCGAAGAUAUACGUGAGGAGCGCAAUCGUACCGCGGUACGGCCGCGCGAAGACCAAGCCGCCGGUGACGCGACUCGAGAGGAUGCGCGCGUGCGCUGCGCUCUCCCCCCGGUCAGCAGCGAAGUCGUGCGAACCACCCGCACAUCUCGCGACUGCCCAGCCCCGGCUCAGGGAGAUUGCCAAGCCCUAACAGGCACACCGCGCCAAUGCGAGGUGCGGGCUCAUGCCGCCUCGACGCAGGAGCUGAGUCUACGCUCGAUGGAAGCCUCGCGCGCGGUGCAGCCCUGCGAUUCGAACCAUUCAUCUGGGGAACGGCUCACUACGUGCACGAGCUCCGCGCGUUCGACCCAGUACGAUGCGCCUGCCCCUUCCGAGCGCGCACAACGCUUCAAGCUCCCGCCGCACUCGCGUCCCAUUGACCGCGCGACGCAUCAAGCCCCGCUUCCGCAACAAAUCGAUGGGCCCGCUCCUGUCGAAGGUGUGCGCGAGCCUUCCUCUCCUGCACGCUCACCCUCGCCUUCGUUCAAGCGCUUCGCGGGCUCGCCGGUGCAAUACCUUGCAGCCUCUCAUGGGAAAACCAAUCUCCCUCGCCGUUCGCCGCUAGUUGCGGGUUCUCCAACGGUGGACAUUCCUGCGUCUCGCCGCUCCGCGCCCCACCCCUCGUCUCCGACGCAGCGAGAACACUGGCCAACCCCGGUGCGCACAAGUCAAACGUUCGAAGCCACCUUGCGAUCUGCGCGGUCAAGCACGUCGAAUCGCCCGAGUAAGGCACUACCGGCUGCGAGUACGGGCAGCCACGAUGGCUCGCGCGGUAGACACUCCCCUCCCUUGCCAUCGACGUCGGGUACGCUCGACGCCUGUCCGCCCUCUGCUUGUUCGCCCUCGGUCUCGACGGACAGGCGCAGCUCCCCGCCUUCCCAAGCAAUCAGCCUACCCGCCGACACGGAAUCCUCUGGUCUCCCUCCGCAACGCGAAAACCUCGUGCGGUUCUGGAGUAGUUUCCUGCGGAAACCUCAGGCUCCAGCAAGUGUGUGA